UGGUACCGCACCGACUCAUCACGAUCCGCGCCACGCCUACCUACUUAGGUAAUCCAGCAUUGUCGCGGUCCCUCUGACCACAACCUCCAACCACGGGACCGGAAGUACCAUCCCGCACUCCUACUUCCAGGCAACGAUGCCAUCCAUCUCGAUUCUCACGUCAUGGCUGCUCCUUCCAGCAGCCAUAUCAGCAGUCACACUUGACUGUGAGAACAUUGUCGCAGACAACCAAAAGUUCAACCUGAAAGCACUCGGCGGGCCAAAAGACGUGCACUGGGUAAAACCGGAACCGCCAGGAUACCUUAAUACCACCUGGACAAUCGACAUAUGUCAGCAGCUCAAGAAACCGAAGGAAGGUGAUAAGGCGCACUCGUGUCCUGUGGGUACGCAAGUGUGCGGUGUCAAGCGCGUUUACAAUGACGAGAACGACGGAGGCUUGGUCGAGGUGAUACCCAUCGCUGGCGAGUAUCUGGCCGGUGAUCACCUUGCUCCCAAGGUCACGAGGCUAAAGCACAGCUCGAGCAACCAAGACUCGAAGCGUGAAGGCUUGCGAGUGGAGCUGCACGGUGGUGUCCUGGUCAAGCAGAAGCAGAAGGCUAUUGUCGAAUUCAUAUGUGAUGCGGAGAAGGAAGGAACAGAAGGUUUUGAAGAGGAAGAGAAGCUCAUGGAUGUGGCUUCGUACGGCCAGAUGAACAGACGAGCGAAUGGCGAGGGAGAAGAUGAUGGCGAAGGUGAGGGCGAGGACGAACCACUUCCAGACUUGGAUGCGGGAAAAGCACUACAAUUCAUCAGUUACAAGGAGGAAGGAGAUCUUGGUGUCCUGCGGCUGGAUUGGAAGACGAAAUACGCUUGCGAAGACGCAAAACAACCACCCGCAAAAAACAAGAAGGGCAGCUGGGGCUUCUUCACAUGGUUCCUGAUCAUUGCCUUCUUGCUCAUCGCGAGCUACAUCAUCUUCGGUUCAUGGCUGAACUACAACCGCUACGGAGCACGAGGUUGGGAUCUGGUGCCGCACGGUGAUACCAUCCGUGACAUUCCAUACAUCGUGAAGGACUGGACGAGUGGAGUGGCUGGCAAGAUGGGCAAUGGCAGCAAUCGGGGAGGUUAUAGCGCCGUGUAAGACUCUCUGGAGCACAUUUUGCUGGGGCACUUGCACGUAGAUAUCCAUUUAAGUAUAGCGAGCACUUCGUAUACCAUGAUCUUUUCGAUAUAGAUCAAGUCAUCUCAAGGCGACUACCAUUCCAUCUUCAACAAGUUGUGGAUUCAUCGGAUGAGGAAUCACAGAUUGGCAGGCUGUACCCCUUUCAUGUCGGCUCACGGCAUGAAACAGCACAGCUACAUCGGCCCACACAACGUGCGGCAGACGCAAUUCUUUCCCGGUGGAAUAAUUACUGCCGUGACUUCUUCAAAAUCAUCAUACAAAGAAGACCAGGUUUCCGUUCCAGGCGGGUCAAACUUCACCUUCUUUGCUGCAUCGCUUGAGCGGCUUGACACAUCCGCGCGGAUGAGCCACAAUGAAGCGGGAUUUGUCCUCGUGUCGGCCGGUUUCGUGUGAAAAGUGCAAGUCUACACAUUCUUGCAGAAACAUGGCAAAUUUCGCCUGAAGCAGAGAUAUUGGAUGUCGAAGGUUAGGUAGUAGCAAUUUUGUGCUUCACAGAGUCUAAUGGUCGGGUUUCAAUGAUCGCUCGGUACCUAGAGUAACACUGCAAACCUCCAACCCUAUGCCGUGGGUCAACAAUGAAGUAUCCGGAGACGGGCGAACAACCUGGUCUCUUGACAGGUGCGGGAUGGCAUGCAAUAGCAUAUGCUAGUUCAGUCAUAAGCAUACGGAAGUAGGAGAUACAGCGGAUGUCAAACCAAAACUCUCAAACCC